AUGCCGCCACUACCAGGAUUCUCCGAUAACCCCUUCCAAAGCCGAGAUGACUUUAUUGAAGCCAUAAUUGCGUUGAUUAAUCCCCUAAAACAAUAUUUCUCACCUGGGAAGUCUCGCGUUCGUAUUCCAAUUGCGACAGGUGCACAUUUCGAUGAGUCGGCGGCACAAUUAGAAGGCUUUGCAAGGCCGCUAUGGGCGAUAGCGCCAUUGCUUUUCGGAUAUAACUCUAUCACCGACAAAGACCUGGCAGCUCGUGUAGAUGAACUAGUUCAGCCAUGGGUCGACGGCUUCAUCGCGGGAACCGACCCUCACCAUCCAGAGUAUUGGGGCGCCAUGAACGAUAUGGACCAAAGAAUGGUGGAGGCAGAGAUGCUAGCAUUUGCUCUCAUAGCAGCACCGAAGCGUUUCUAUGAGCCAUUGAACCAAGACCAAAAGAAGAAUUUGAAGAACUGGUUGAACUCCAUUCGCGGCAAGAAAAUGCCACCGACAAAUUGGCGCUGGUUUCGAGUCUUCUGCAACCUUGCUUUAUUAAAGACUUGCGGCGUCCCGUUCUCAGAAGUCCAGGAAGAGAUGGACUCGGAUCUUGAGCUGCUAGAUAGCUUCUACAUCGGAGAUGGAUGGUCAGCAGACGGUCCCUGGCAGACAGUCGAGCAAGCGAGACAAGAACAGGAGCUGGCUGAGAAGACCGGACGUCGAGAUACUGUGGGAACAGGACGACAAGCAGACUACUAUUCUGGUAGUUUCGCCAUUCAGUUCUCGCAGGUCCUUUACUCAAAAUUCGCUGCCGAUCUAGACAAAUCGCGUUGUGAGAUGUAUCAACAACGAGCCAGGGACUUUGGAACCCAUUUCUGGAGAUACUUCGACUCUCAGGGGUCUUCGAUUCCCUUCGGUAGAUCCCUCACAUACCGCUUCGCCUGCGGAGGCUUCUUCGGCGCGCUGGCGUUUGCCAAGGUGCCUAAUAUGCCUAAGCCGCUUGAUUCACCAGGAGCAAUUAAGGGGUUCCUAGCCCGACAUCUGAGGUGGUGGGCACAGAAUUCUAGUGACAUCUUCUCAACCGAUGGCACUCUUACUAUUGGAUGGCUGUAUCCAAAUAUGUACAUGGCUGAAGACUAUAACUCUCCCCAAUCCGUAUACUGGUGCCUCAAAACACUCAUAGCUGUUGGAUUGAGUGCCGACGACGAAUUCUGGAACUCCGAACCACUUCCGUAUCCUUCCUUUGAACCCCCUACACAAGUCGUCCGAGCUCCUCAACAAAUCUUGUGUAACCACCCACGAGGCAAUCACCACUUCAUGCUCACUCCCGGGCAAUUCGUUGCUUGGCCUAUGAAAGCCAAUCAAGCCAAGUACUGCAAGUUUGCCUACUCUUCAGCCUUCGGAUUCUCCGUUCCAACAGGCCCCCUCAUCCAACAGAUUGCACCAGACAACCAACUGGCACUGAGCCGAGAUGGUGGUGAGACUUGGGCGGUCAAGUGGAAGUGCGAUGAAGUCAAGUUUGGGAUUCUGACGACAAAGACGGAUAACCAGAGUGUGGCGAAUGUUUCCAUCGCGAGCGUGAGAUGGUAUCCUUGGGGUGAUCGAGCCGUGGCUGUGGAUACGAUCUUGAUCCCGCCGACCGGGCAAUGGCCGGACUGGCAUGUUCGAAUGCACCGCAUACGAUGCCAGAAGACUAUCGAGUCGCUUCACAUUGUUGAAGGAGGUUUUGCCAUAAAUGGCCGUAGAGAUGCUGAUGGGAUGAAUUUGCCAACACUUCCAGUACCUGACGGAGUCAUCCCCGGUAGUUUCGAGGGAAACUUCUCUGAUGAAAGAUCCACAAUUCUCUCGUCUAAAUCUGGGUCCAGUGGAAUUCUGACUGAAGCCCUUUUCGAUAGACAAACGGUCGAUGUGGAGAGCUUCGCACUGAAGCCAGACUCCAACACGAACAUCGUUUGCCAGCGAACAUUGAUCCCCGUUGCAUCCAUAGGCAUCACAGGAAAGCUAGAGCCGAGUCAGGAAGUUUGGUUAAAGACUUCGGUCUUCGCUGUUUCGUCCAAUGUUAGCGGAGGAAGACAGAGUGAUGUUGCGAGUCUCAAAGAGAGAUGGUCUCGACCUCCGACGAUUGAGGUAGAGAGCUUCGAACAGAUCUUACACAAUAUGUAA